UGCAGAACACGAGCAACCGAGCGCGGAGAGGCGCUGCUGCUGUUAACUCCUCCCUGCCCGCUGCGCCGACCCUGCCCCGGAGCCCAAGCGCAGCCAGCAUGAAGCGAGCCCACCCCGAGUACAGCUCCUCAGAUAGCGAGCUAGACGAGACUAUCGAGGUGGAGAAGGAGAGUGCAGACGAGAAUGGAAACUUGAGUUCGGCUCUAGGUUCCAUGUCCCCAACUACAUCUUCCCAAAUCCUGGCCAGGAAAAGACGAAGAGGCAUCAUUGAGAAGCGCCGGCGAGACCGGAUCAAUAACAGUUUGUCGGAGCUGAGGAGGCUGGUACCCAGUGCUUUUGAGAAGCAGGGAUCUGCUAAGCUAGAAAAAGCCGAGAUCCUGCAGAUGACUGUAGAUCACUUGAAAAUGCUGCACACUGCUGGAGGGAAAGGCUAUUUUGACGCACAUGCCCUUGCAAUGGACUAUCGGAGUUUGGGAUUUCGGGAAUGCUUGGCAGAAGUUGCCCGUUACUUGAGCAUCAUUGAAGGACUAGACGCUUCAGAUCCACUCAGAGUUAGACUGGUUUCCCAUCUCAACAAUUAUGCCUCCCAGCGAGAAGCCGCCAGCGGUGCCCAUGCCAGCCUUGGACACAUUCCCUGGGGGAGCGCCUUUGGACAUCACCCACACAUCGCACACCCCUUGUUGCUACCCCAGAAUGGUCAUGGAAACGCUGGCACCACGGCCUCGCCUUCGGAACCACACCAUCAGGGCAGGUUGUCCUCUACACAUCCGGAGGCGCCCACCUUGCGAGCCCCUCCUAGCGGCGGUCUUGGACCAGUGCUCCCUGUGGUCACCUCUGCCUCCAAACUCUCCCCGCCUCUACUGUCCUCAGUGGCCUCCCUGUCCUUCCCCUUCUCAUUUAGUUCCUUCCACUUACUCUCUCCCAAUGCACUGAGCCCUUCAGCACCAGCACAGGCAGCAAACCUUGGCAAACCCUAUAGACCUUGGGGGACAGAGAUUGGAGCUUUUUAAAGAACUGACGCUGUAGAAAGUGGGAAGGGAAAACUUAAAAUCCCAGCUGAGCUGGACUGUUGCCAACAUCACCUUAAAGUCAUCAGUAAAAGUAAAAACGAAAAAGGUACACUUUCAGAUAAAUUUUGUUUAAAGACUAAGGUUUGUUGGUUUAUUUUUUCUUUUUUGUAUUAUGUCAUGUGUUAGCAGUUUUUAAAAACUAGUUGCAAAAUUUUGUUCAAAACAUUUAAUUGAAAUGGUAGUAUAAGCCAACACUUUGUGAUAGGUUUGUACUGUGCCUAAUUUACUUUGUAAACAUAUCUGUCUAAGAAUGAUUCCGUUUAUUGCCUCAAAAGUGCUGGGAAUUUUAACAUUUAGUUUCUGUUUUUUUCUCCUUGUAUAGUUAUGAUUUCUUUUUAGAAUUAAUUUUUUUCCAAAGCACUAUGAUCAUUGUUAAUGUAAUUCUGUUUGUUAAUAUUUUG